AUUCAAUUUGAACAACGCUAUAAGAAGUUAUUGAGGGGGGGGGCAGAUUCCGCCCCCCUCCCCCCUGUCAUAGUAUGUUUGAAAAACCCCGGACUGAAUAGGGUUAAAGGGGCUACGAACCGGUUAAAAUGCUCAUAUUCCGUAUACAUUCCGUUUGAAUGUAAUUAACUCGCAGAUAGCGGUAAUUAAUAAUAACGGGUAUGAAGUAGGUGUGUGCUUUUUAAAAAAGUAUUUUAAAAUUAAAAAAGCUGAAACAUUAAAAUUUGUUUAGCAUCCAUCACGGUUGUGUAGUUAUACUUUAAAAGAUAUUUCAAUCAUGUUCUCGAAAUUUCGACUUAUUACACCAGUUUUGCAAUAUGCAAAGCGAAGUUCUAUCGCUAAUGUGACGUCAUCUGCAUCAAUACUGGCAGAUUUCCCAGCAUUGGAAGAUUGCAGGCAAGGUGAAAAAACUGGUGGUGUAUUUAGUAAGAAUGAGAUGGAAAGAAGGUUAGCAAAACUUCGAGAUACAAUGGUUGGAAAUAACAUUGAUGUUUGUGUAUUCACAUCUCAUCAUAACAUCGCCUACUACAGCGAAUUCUUAUAUUUUGCACUUGGUCGCCCUUAUGGACUUGUUGUUACUAUGGACAACCAAACAAGCAUAUCAGCAAAAGUGGACUAUGGGCAACCAUGGCGAAAAACAUACGGAGAUAAUAUUACGUACACCGACUGGCAGCGCGAUAACUAUUAUAAAGCUGUGCAACAAUUGGUUGGUGAUAAAAAGAGGAUUGGGCUUGAGUUUGAUCACGUUACUUUGCAGAACAUGGACAAGUUCAAAGCUGCUUUACCUGACGCUAGUUUUUUUGAUGUUGGUGUUCCAACCAUGGGAUUAAGAAUAAUCAAAUCAGAUGAAGAAAUAGCUCUCACUAAGAAUGGCGCAAGAAUAGCAGAUAUGGGAGGAUUAGUUGUAAAAGAAGCCAUACGUGAAAACGUUGCAGAAUAUGAAGUUGCACAAGCUGCAACAAAUGUUAUGAUAAAAGAGAUCGCGGCGGCGUACCCUCAAACAGAUCUCAUGGACACAUGGACAUGGGUGCAAUCUGGAAUUAACACCGAUGCAGCUCACAAUCCACUCACCACACGAAAAAUUAAGAACGGUGACAUAAUUAUAAUGAAUUGCUUUCCUUUAAUUGCAGGAUACUUCUCCGCAUUGGAAAGGACUAUGUUUCUUCAACAUGCAACAGACAAACAACUCGAAUAUUGGGAAAUCAAUUGUAAAGUCCAUCGACGUGGAUGUGAAAUUAUAAAACCCGGUGUUAAAUGUAAAGAUGUAGCUAACGAAUUAAAUGAAAUCUUCAGAGAGCACGAUCUUGUUAAGAAUCGUACAUUUGGUUAUGGUCAUUCCUUUGGUUUGAUAUGCCAUUAUUAUGGUCGAGAAGCCGGCCUGGAGCUAAGGGAAGACAUAGAAACAGUACUCGAACCGAAUAUGAUUUUAUCCAUGGAGCCCAUGAUCGUUAUUCCGGAAGGACAGGAGGGUGCUGGAGGAUAUAGAGAGCAUGAUAUUCUGGUGGUGACGGAAGAUGGCGCUGAAAUUAUCACCAAGUUUCCAUUUGGUCCAGAACACAACAUUAUAAAAAACUGAAGAACUGUUUAAAGAACAGAGGAAAAGAAUGUUGUAAUUAGAGAUUGCUAGAAGCCAUGCUUUAAAACUACUAAUAUGUAAACAACGAUUUUCCAGGCAGCAUUACAAUGUUGGUAAAAAUUUAAAAUAACUGUAUAUAUUGAUAUGGAUCAAGUUUUAGUGUUGUAAAAGCGAGAAAUGUAAGAACUUCUACUAUAUCCGUUUUUAUCUUACAAGCUUUUAUACAAAAAAACACAGCUCUGUCUUCUUUAUAUCUGAC